UCAAUAGCAGCUCUGGUGACAGCCAUUAGCAUCUUGCUAACCGAUAAGUUAAUGUCAAUAGAAGGAAGUGGAAGUGAACAGAGCUGGAUGACGCGCUGCAGUUGUAGAACUUGAAGCCACCACAAACCCCAGCGCUUUUCCCUUCCGCGGUUACUAUCUUUCAUUUUCCUCUGCGGCAGCUUGUUCCUGUUAUAAAGCUUUAAUAACAAUGUAUUCUGCUGUGCGAAACCUCUUUCUCUCCGGGGCUCGGUGUCAAAAUGACGAGCCGAGCAAGAACUUCGCGGAGCUUUUUGACAUGUUGGAUGUGAACCGGGAUGGGAAGGUGGACAUCGCCGAGCUGCGAGCGGGCCUGGCCAGUAUGGGCUUUACUCUGGGGCCGGACGCUGCUCAGAAAAUCGUUUCCUCUGGGGACUCGGAUAAGGAUGAUCAACUGGACUUUCUGGAGUUUUCCAACUACCUGUUAGAACAUGAAAAAAAACUCAAUUUGACUUUCAAGAGCUUGGACAAAAACAAUGACGGCCGCAUUGAUUACAAAGAGAUUCAACAAGCACUUAAUGAGCUGGGAGUGAAAGUAUCAAAGGCACAUGCUGAAAAGAUCCUCAAAAGCAUCGAUGCAGAUGGCACCAUGACAGUGGAGUGGAAUGAAUGGAGGCAGCACUUCCUCUUCAACCCUGCCACUGACCUGCAGGAGAUAAUACACUACUGGAAACACUCCACUGUGUUGGAUAUAGGUGACAGUCUUACCAUCCCAGACGAGUUUACUGAGAAGGAGAAGAAGACCGGCCAGUGGUGGAGGCAGCUAGUGGCGGGUGCGGUAGCCGGUGCAGUUUCACGCACAGGUACGGCUCCCCUGGACCGAAUGAAAGUCUUUAUGCAGGUUCAUGCUUCAAAAUCAAACCAGAUCAGUUUGGUCAAUGGUUUUAAGCAGAUGAUUAAGGAGGGUGGCGUCGCAUCUUUGUGGAGGGGCAAUGGAGUGAAUGUGAUAAAAAUUGCCCCGGAAACAGCCAUCAAGUUCAUGGCCUAUGAACAGUAUAAGAAGCUGCUUACCUCAGAGGGAGGAAAAAUUCAGACCCAUGAAAGGUUUAUAGCGGGUUCUCUGGCUGGAGCUACAGCACAAACUUCCAUCUACCCCAUGGAGGUGAUGAAGACCAGGUUAACUCUCAGGAAGACGGGUCAGUAUUCGGGAAUGUUUGACUGUGCUAAGAAGAUUUUGAAGAAGGAAGGAGUGAAGGCUUUUUACAAAGGCUACAUUCCCAACAUCCUUGGUAUUAUUCCUUAUGCUGGAAUAGAUCUGGCUGUCUAUGAGACCCUAAAGAACGCCUGGUUGUCACGCUAUGCUAAAGACUCAGCUAACCCUGGAUUGCUAGUUCUCUUGGGAUGUGGAACCAUCUCCAGCACUUGCGGUCAGCUGGCUAGUUAUCCCCUUGCCCUCAUCCGUACCCGCAUGCAGGCCCAAGCGUCUAUGGAAGGCUCAGAGCCGUUGUCUAUGACAAAACUGACCAAGAGGAUUUUGGAGAAAGAAGGCUUUUUUGGCCUCUACCGUGGUAUCUUGCCAAACUUUAUGAAAGUCAUCCCUGCAGUCAGCAUCAGCUAUGUUGUGUAUGAGUACAUGAAGACUGGUCUGGGCAUCUCUAAAUAAAGACGUCAAGGUGAAAGUGUGUGUGAGGGAGUGAGAGUGAUUUCAACAGCAUGUGUCUAUGUGUGUGUGUUGAGGUAAUUCUGAUGAAAAAGCUGCAUGAACCAAAGUGAAUUCUCAAAGGCACCAACAGCAGGAAAAGUGGGUUUCAAUACAUUACCUGAACUGUCAUUUAAUACCAGCAGACAAAUGUCCAGCAGAUUAGUGUUAAGAUUGUCCUCCACAGAGUACCUAAUAAAUUUUAUUUGUCCUGUAUUUUAUUAUUAUAAAUUAUAUAUUUAAAAUAUAGGACAAAUUAAGUUGACUAUAUAUAGUGCCUUGUACAUCUAUUCAGUUGUUGUAUUAUCUCUGGAUUUUGUUCCACCUUUAUUUUACAAUCUAGUCAUUUCCAAUUCCCAAUAGUGAAUCUGCUGCUGCUUGCAGAAUCACCUUCCGACACAUCUCCAGUCUGUGACCGCUUCUUAUCACCUGCCAAUAUUCCCACACAAUGUCGUUUUGUGUAUGGAGAUCCACACUAAGCUCCAUGUGACUUCCCCCUCACUCACUCAGACCCUGUAUCACCUUCCCUCCCAUAAAUUAGCCAAAUUUGUGUGGAUGCAUUUGCAUAUGCAUUUGCACUUUGUAACACACUUGCCGCAGCUCAUCCUGAUGAUCUUUGCACUGCACUCAUUUAAAAUUCUAUUAUUUUAACCAUUUAUUCUCAGGUUUACAUGUUUUUAUGUUUAAACCAAAAUACAAUGUUAUGGAUUCCUGCUGUUGUCAUGCUAGAUUGAAUUUUGCACACAUUUGCAAAAAGUUCAUGUGCCUUAUAUGAUCUCUUCAGUUUGUUUGCUGGCUGUAUAAUCAGACCGUUUUUGCUUUUUACUCCAAUGUGUAGUCAUCAGUAAAAUCUUCUGUUUACAUUAUUGUAUUUUAUAUAAUAUGUCAAUAAAUUUGAUACUUUGUA